UCAUCACGAUAUCAUCACUAUAUCUAACUAUAUUCCCAAAUUAAUACCAAUAAGGCAAUAUUUGUGCGCUAAAUCCUCGGUUUCAUUAACGGUCAAAUUCAAACGGUGAAUUGUCAUAACAAUUCCAAACCUCAACGUCCGUUCGAUAUGUGAAAGUGAAUAAUGGCUCUAUAUUCUUAGGAUGCUAGUGAUAAUAUUCCCUUAAGGGUUAUUCCCUUAAAUACCGAAGCUUCUUAGCAUUCAAAAAGUGAAUGAUUUACAACAUUAAGUGGUAUCACUGAAAUGUGAUACCACAAAUAAAACAUCACCACGGAUAAGAUUAAGAAAGACGGAAAGCGACCGAAACGAAAAAGAAUAUCCGAUAUGAGGGUCGACAUCCGAGGGCUGAAGUGUGGAGUCAAAGCGUGCUCCACACUCCGUGCUGGAGUCAAAGCGGCAAUGUACGAAAGUAGCUGCUCCUAUGGUGGAGCUCUUGAAUUGAAGAGAAGCGCGUUGAAAGAAGACCCUUGGCCUACUUCGGAAUGGCCACCUUACCGCUUACAUCAGUCUACAUUCGAACAACUGAAACAGAGUGUGGAGAAAGCCAAAGCAGCUCUGCAAGACAGAUCUGGCUUAUUGGGUUCGGCAACUGCGUUCGGUGAUUUUUAUGGGGGACAAUUGGCCCAGGAUACAACAAGCACAAGCCUCGGCUUCGGCAGAACGACGAGAACAGAUGACUCCAUGAUAGCUUCUAUAGACAAAAACAAAGGAUUAGGUUCAGAAAAGCUAUCAGGUGGACUAACUAAAGGCUAUACAUCCUCUUCAACCCUGUCUGAUACACUGAGAGCAACGAAAUGUUCAGAUGCGUCUUAUAAAAGUUCGUGGUCUACACAUGCAACGUCACAGGCUGCGCAAGGAUAUGGCAGCAAUUCAUUAUCAGCUAUGUCGAAAUCGACGUUAGACGCUCACACACAUCUGCGUCAACCAGAUCCUUACCAAAUGUUUGGCCCUACAAGCAGUCGUCUAGCUAAUUCAGGAUCCGGACAAAUACAACUAUGGCAGUUCCUUUUAGAACUGCUAAGCGACUCCAGUAAUGCAGGAUGCAUUACCUGGGAGGGCACGAAUGGAGAGUUCAAGCUAACAGACCCAGACGAAGUGGCCAGAAGAUGGGGAGAACGUAAAUCCAAGCCGAACAUGAACUACGAUAAGCUUAGCCGGGCUUUGAGAUACUACUACGACAAGAAUAUUAUGACGAAGGUCCAUGGUAAACGAUAUGCAUACAAGUUCGAUUUCCAAGGGCUGGCUGCGGCCACGCAACCGGCUGCCAGCGAUCCCGCUUAUAAAUACCAGAGCGAUUUAUUUAUGAGCUCGUAUCAUCACUCGGCCAAGCUUUCGUCUUUCAUGGCUCCACACGCAGCUAUGCCAACAUCGACAGCUUCAAUAUUCCCGUCAGCUUCAUGGAGUAACUGGGGAGGAGGAGGAGGCAACCUCUAUUCCCCCCACUCCAUGGCUCCUCCCCACGUGACGUCACACCUGGGCUCCUACCCGCACUACGCAUGACCAGCCUACUAUAACCACGAUUCGACAUAUGACAUUGUUUGACUCGAACUUACCAUCGAUACUGUAAACUAUUCUUUUUCUUUUAAGUAGAUAUAACUGUAUCGAAUUAUAUAAUAAUAUUUAACAUGAAAUGGAAUUCGACCCAAAAAAUGUGACGGCUUGAGAAACGUACGAUACGAAUACAGCCUGAUUGUGGGAACUGAGAUUUGAGAACAGAUAUCACGUGAUUUUUUUUAACAAUUAGUUUUACUUAGAUUGUUUCGCCUGCAUACGCCAGUGAAAUAAACGACAAUUCCAUUUUAUUUAUAUGCCGUAAACUAUAAAUUAAUCUCAGGGUAAAUAAAAACAGACAGAUUAAAUUGUUUGCUAUCUAAUUUUAAUAUUAUUUAUUAAUUAAUUUACAACUUGACACGAAUGUACACGUGGAAUGUGACUAGUCUUUUAUCAAAGAAUGUAAAUAAUAGAUACUCAUUAAAUAAGUAGAACGAUAUUGUUUAUUUAGGAUAUCAAGUAUUAAAAAUUUUAUUCAUCGUAUAACCUUAUCAAAUGUAAGGACUCAUAAAAUGUAAAGCAAUAUUGCAUUUUUUAAACUUUGCAAUCGAAGUUACAUUUAAAUUUUUUAUAAUAUAAUCGAUAACAAUUCCCUAAUAUAAUAAUAAUGAAAUUCAUCGAUAUUUAAUAAUUUAUAGCUCAGGAAUAAUGCAUCAUUAAAUUCAAAAAUGCAUCUUCAAAUAAUAAAAAACAUGUCAAGAAUACUCGACAAAUAUAAUAAUAAAACACAGUAAUGAAAGUCCAAAAGUCAGUCAAAUAAACUGCAUUAAUCUGAACGGCGGCCGCGAGAAUAACCUGAACGAUUCCUGGAAAGGCAAAGUUUUGAGAUAAGAUGGCUUAUCCUGAGAAUUGCUAUGACUGCUUAAGCAAAAUUCAAAACGAAUGGUGGGGUCAGUACAUAGAGGAGGAGGCAAAAGUUAGUCUGUCACUUAGGCCAAAAGCUAAAAUGAUGAAACCAACGGCAUGGAAAUUUCAACCUUAGAAACAUUCGGAAAUUCUUAAACUACAUCGGGGUCCACCGUUCCAUCUCACAUAUUACUAUGUCUACUGAUUAACAAAUGAACACGAAUUUAUAAAAACGCUGUUUUCUUAAUCAGAAAUAAUCAUAUAAGCAGUUAAAUGGUGAUAGUUAUCUCAGUAUUAAUCUGUAUAAUAUUUAUAAUAAGUUGUAGUGUAGCAAUGUGAAAUAAGCA